AUGGAGGCACGCAGGCGGCUAUCGUACCUGCGCAAGAAAACCUUUGCCGAUGUGGCGCGUCAGGGGGCAGCGGCACAACGGCCUCCGGUGGCUGUUCGACCCAAAGGCAGUGAGUCGGCAGUCACACCAUCUGCCCCCACGGUGGUUGCAGGUAGCGCUGCUCCGUCAACCCACCAGACGGGGCCACCCACAACGAAGGUGGGCGCAGCCGAGGCUGCCCCAACAUCCCCGACCCCUUCCAGCGCUGGCAACAGCCGGCGCAGCCAAAUCGCCCAGGGAGCCCCAUCGACCUCCGGGCUGGUGCCCCCAAAGGCCUCGUCCAACGUGCCGGGGCCUUCUCGCCAAACAAAGCGCUCGAAAGAGCGCGUGUCCAGCGCCUCGCAAGAGGCGAUGGACACAACGACCAGUCAGACGGCGCCACCAGCACCGAAGGAGUGGCGAGCAUCACUCGACCGCUCCAAAAAAGACAAAACUCCCGUCACGGCGCCUGCAAAGCGCUCGUGA